GCUAGACUUGGAAACUGGGCGAAUUUAUUUAGGAGCAUAGAUAGGCCCAGGCUUAGCUGUUUCCUGUUUCUUAAGUUCAUUCAUUAUUUACACGUCUAUUUUAAUAACGUCAGUCUGGUUGCAACUCAUUGAUAUGCAAUAUGGAUGCUGCAGAGAUCUUUGAGUUAACAGCAAUUGCAAUGGAAAUCUCUGCGAAGACUACAGCUUCCACUUCUGGUCUGCAAAAAAACAGUAGGAAACGAUCUCAUAAGGAAUCGGAUGAAUCAGCUGAUUCAAUGAAAUCUAAGCGUAAGAAGAAAAAACACAAGAAGAGCAGAAUCAACAAUAAGAUAUUGUCAACUGAAUUGAAAAAUUCUCAACACUCAAAACCAGAACGAAAUAAAAAUUCUGACAGUGACUCAAAGAAGAAACACAAGAAAAGGAUGUCAAUAACGUCAAUGUUUAUUCAAGGGUCAAUGGAGAUGAAGCGUUUGCCAACUCCUGGAAAAUUCUUAACCGCUGAUCAAGCUUUUGAGGAGUUCUCUUCAAGUCCUUCCAUUUAUGAUUCUAUACCAUUUGGAGAAAAGAAUAAUUUAUAUCUCUUCAUUGACAAUUAUGAAAACUUCAAGAAACGGCUUAUGAACAAACAUGCCUCAUAUCCGGAUGAUUUUAUUUGGGAUGGAUGCCAGGGAAGCACUGUCUUUAGUACGUUUAUUAGAUCUUCGCAAGGAUCUUUGAAAUCGGUAAAUUUAAAAGAUGGUCUGUACUGCAUUGAGUCACGACCUAGGAAGAAGAAAAGACUCUGGAAGCCUUUAGAUCCGCAGCCAUCACCCAAUGACAUUAUCAAGAUGAAUAGAUAUUACACAAAAUUAAAAUCCAAUUAUAAUUAUAAGAAACGGGUGACAACAUUUUUUUACAAAAACAAAUUUAAUAAUUUGGCUUUAGUAGAGUAUUGUGGAACUUAUAAUGAAGCUCAAUCUUUCAAAAGUUCAGAAGAUGUAAAAAUGCACUCAAAAAAUUUAUCAAACCUUCCUGGGAAGAGUGAUGAUAACGAUGGCAGCAUUGGGCAGGUACAAAGAGAAACUGUAAAAGAGGUUGCAUGUGAACAGACAAUAGAUAAAGAAGCUACUGAAAUAUAUAUGCCAAAGAGUUUGCCAACUCCUGGAAAAUUCUUAACCGCUGAUCAAGCUUUUGAGGAGUUCUCUACAAAUCCUUUUAUCUAUGAUUUUAUACCAUUUGGAGAAAAAAACAAUGUAUAUCUCUUCAUUGACAAUUAUGAAAACUUCAAGAGACGGAGUAUGAACAAACGGGCCUCAUAUCCAGAUGGUUUAGUUUGGGAUGGAAGCCAGGGAAGCACAGUCUUUACUACAUUUAUUAUGUCUUCACAAGGAUCUUUGAAAUCUGUAAAUUUAAAAAAUGGUCUGUACUGCACUGAGUCACGACCUAUGAAGAAGAAAAGAGUCUGGAAGCCAUUAGAUCCACAGCCGUUACCUGAUGAAAUUAUCAAGAUGAAUAGAUAUUACACAAAAUUAAAAUCCAAUUAUAAUUAUAAGAAACGGGUGACAACAUUUUUUUACAAAGACAAAUUCAAUAAUUUGGCUUUGGUGGAAUAUUGUGGAAAUUAUAAUGAAGAUGAAUCUUCCAAAAGUUCAGAGGGUGUAAAAAAGUACACAAAGAAUCGUUCAAGUGUUUCUGUUGAUAGUGAUACGGAAGAUUCCAACAUUGAGCAAAUACAAAGAGAAACUAUAAAAGAGGUUGCCUGUGAACAGACAAUAGAUGAAGAUGCUACUGAAAUAUGUAUACCGGAGACAAGUCUACUUCAAUUUCAGGAAUAUACUGAAGACAUGUCAUAGUGCAAAUACUGUACAUGUUCUUUAAUUAUAAACUUUAUUCAGUGUUAUAUUCUUUGGGAACCAUCAUUUUUAUAUUGAUAUUUUGCUCUGUCUAAUAAACUUAAAGAAUACCUAAGAUAUUAGUUAAUUGAAGUUAUCUUUUGAAAGACCAAUAAAAAAUUUAGACUUACUUGUGACGUUUCACCUACAGUACGGUUUCAGUAUCCUUAAUCAUGCGAAUGACAUAAUGGGAAUAACAUAAUGGUGUAGUGUCGUCAUCCAUCAUGGUGGCUAGUAGUGCCAUCUCUCUUCCUGUUGUCAGCUUCCGCUUGAGCUGCCCUCCGGAUAUUCGGGUGUAAUGUUGAUGGAUGAUGACACUACACUGUUACAUAAUUUACAAGAUCAAGGCUACUGAAACCAUAGGUGAAAUGUAGCAAGUAAGCCUACUGAAUUUGUAUUGGUUUAUCAAGAGAAAACUUCAAUUAAAUAUUAUUGUAUUAACAUCUUAACAACUCCCUGGUCUUA